AAUAUACCUGUAGUUAGUACUCAAGACCUUGCUCAUUUUUUAAGAAGUAAAUCAGAAGCAUUAGGAGAACAGUUAAAAACAGCAUAUGAUCUUUUAGAAGGACGUAUAAAUGUAUAUUUUAUUCAAAAAGAAGGAUUUCUUUUAAAUUGGAUCUUGGAUAAACUUAAAGAAGUUAAACUAAAUAAUUUAGAAUCUAUAACUAUUCUUCCGAAAUUAUGGGAUUUUUUAAAUAUCGUUUUGAAAUCUCAAAAUCUCUUAAUAGAAUCUAAAUGUUUUAGCUUUCAAAAGCAUUCAUUUACAGCUCUUCUCUCUAUAUCAUUCUCAUUAGUUACAGAGGCUCCAGAUAAAGAGCAAGUUUUAUUAUUAAUUUCUUCAAUUCAAAAAAAUUUGGAAUAUAUUUUAUCUGAAGAAACACUUUCUUUAUUUAUUCGAGGAUCAUUUGAUACUACUACUACAAUUUUGGCAAAUUUUUUUUAUUGUAUCAGAAAUUUAAAUCUUUCUAAUAAUACAAUAUCUAAUUUAGGAUACCAGAUUCUCAAAAUAUGGAAGAAUUCUAUGUAUGGUUUUGAGAAUUUUAAAAAUGUCUCUGAAAUAGUUGCUUCUAGAAUUUUGCCCUAUGUUUGUUAUAUCGUUGGAAAAAAUGAUGCUCCAUCAUGGAUUAAUGAUUUGUUUUCUAUUAUUCUUCAUAAAACUUUAUUUUCUCCUGAAUCAUUAAUUAAUUAUAUAAAUUUUCAAACUUCAAAUUCUGAAUCUAAAAGUAUGAUCUCAAAAGUAUCUAAUUUGGAAUUAUUUCUUGACUGUCUAUUAAAGAACUUAACAGAUAUUUCUUAUCAUUCUAAUGUUUUAUUGUCUCUUCCAAAACUUUUAGAGAUUGCACAAAACUCUCUUGGUUGUAAUUCAAUAUAUUCGAAGGUAAAAAUUAAUUUAAAUUCAUCAAAAAUGGCACGUCUUACUGAUAUGUUUCUUUCUGAAAUACUAAAAUUGGCAAUUAAGUUAUCUGCAGAAGAUGCUUUAAAAUAUUUAACUAUUUCAGAUAUUUUAGAGCUUUCGAAAAAUAUUGGUGGUUAUCAUAAAUUAUUCGUUGUAUUAGAACAACAAAUGCUUGAAAUAUUAGAGAAAUCUUUUUCUUUAAUUAAAGAUCGAGAAGACAAUAUAAUAACAAUUGGAUGGAAAUUAUUAUACAAUCUUUUAAAAAUUGAUUCCGAAUUAAUCUUGCCAUAUAAUGAACAGUUAUGGUUAAGUCUUUGUGAGGUUGAUAUUACAUCUGAAUAUUCAAAAAUAUGUUUCAAGGUGAUAAGAAUAUUCGUAAAUAACUACAAAUCACAUAGAAAUUUACACAAAUUUAUAAAUGAUUGGAUAAAAUUUUUAAAAUUUCCACUUAACAAUGACUGUAUAUUACUUAGUGAUGAAAUUUUGACUAUAGUUAUGGAAUUAACUAAUAAUCUUUCAUUAAAUCAAAUAAGGACAAUAAUUGAUGAUAUUUUGAAAGAAAAUAAUUUUAAAGUGCUGGAAAAACCGAUAUAUUUGAAUCAAAAAAAUGAUUUGUUUUCAAAACAUUUAUCUUCUUUAAAUAUUUCAAAAAAUAAAGUGAAAAGUUCAUUUUUUGUUUUUUAUCCUUUACUUUCUAUAAUACAAGAGUCAGUUGAUAUUUCAAUAAUUCGAGAUAUUUCAAAAGAUUUAGUUAAAUUAUAUGAAUCUAUUCUAAUCAAAGUUUUUUCAAACAUUUCUUUUUUUUUUAAUGAUCCUGGCAUAUAUUUGAUAUUUAGAAUUCAUUAUAAAGCAAUGCAGUUAUCUUAUGAAUAUAUAUCACUUACAGAUCCGUAUAAAACUUUAGAAUAUAUUAAGUCUAUAACAAUGUUUAAAGGACUCGAAUCUAAAAUAACUUUUUAUACGAUCUUAUGUCAACUAGUUUAUAUGCAAUAUUUUGACCAAUGUGCCUCAGAAGAAUUUAAGACUAAAGAUCUUUUAUCACUAACGGAUUUGGUUUUAGAUCAUAUACUAUUUUAUCUUGAAAAUGCCUCUAUUAAUUCUUUUUGGAAAGCUGGAAAAAUACAGCUAAUAAAUAGUACUAAUAUAAGCAUAGCAUAUAUUUAUAUAAUAAAUAAUCAAUGGUUAUAUUUAAUAAAUAAAUUGUCUUUUUUUGAUAAAAUUAGAAAAAUUAUGAAUUUUCUUUUAAAAUAUAGUAUUCAAAAUACUUCAGGAGAUUCUGAUAUAAAUGAAAUGUUAACAUUUUCAAAUUUGUGGUAUAUUUACUUAUCUAAUGCUGAAAUUUAUGAAUUGGAUUUAUUUAGAGAUGCAUCUCUAUUUGUAUUAAUGGAUUAUAUUUUCUCUAAUAAGAUUGAUAAAUUAUUAUUAUUAAAUAAUAUAGAAUCUUAUUGUAAUAAAAAAAUGCAUAAAAGCUUUAAGACAAAAAUAAAUAAUUUUGAUAUUUUAGAAUUUAAAAAACUUAUUAAAUACAUACAAAUAAUUCCUAUUAAUUGUAUAGAAGAUUCAACAAAAGAAAAGUUAUUAGAUUUUUUAUUUUACAAAGAUUUUCAAUUUACUACUAAACAAUGUUUGAUAGAUAUAGUAAUCGAAAAUCGUAAGUUACUAUAUAGAAUAAUGGUAACAACAAAUACAUUAAAUUCAAUGUUAUAUAAUAUUUUUCCUCUAAUAUAUUUAUAUCUUAGUUUAGAUAAUAUUAAAGUAAAGAAUGAGUCUUUGAAUAUUAUUUCUAAUUUAAUAUCUAAAGAAAUACUUAGAAAAAAGAUAUUUUCUGAUAAUUUUCUUAUUAAUAAGCUAGUCGAAGUUAUUGAAAAUUAUCAUGUGGACUUAUUUGAUUAUUAUCAUAAGUUUUUAUAUCAGCAAAUUGAAUAUGAGUUUUAUAUACCUGGAAUUAUUCAAUUAAUUUUAAUUUUAUCUUUCGAAAUUCAAGAUGGAUUUAAAUAUUCUAAUCAUAAUUUAUUUAAAAAAAAAAUUACUCAAUUGAUAAAAUUUUAUUUCAAAGCUAUUAAAAAAUGUUUAAAAAUAUUAUUGCAAUUUUUUCAAAAAAAUGAUUUGAGUUUUGAAAAAAUACUAAACUCAGUAUAUUUAUUUCAGUUUUUUUUUCAAUUAUCUUUUUCAGUUUCUUUUAAAAUUCAUGACAAAGAUCUUUUAAAACAACUUAUAUUUUUCAUAUCUAAAGUAUGUUUUUACUAUGAAAAUAUAAAUAGUCAUUUACAUAAAAAAUCUCAAGAUUUACUUCUGUUUUUAUUAAAAACUUACUGUAAUAAAGCCGAAAAUUAUGAUGAUAUAUUAGAAAUAUGUGUAGCUUUAAUAGCUAUUUUCAAGAAUAUGCAGUUAUCUUAUACAGAUGAAUUUAAAAUAUCUAAUUAUUCUAAUUUUCAGUCUUUAUCUAUUUAUUAUUUCAUUCAAAAAAGAUUACAAAGUUUAGAAUUUCAAGAUUUCAAAAAGAUAUGUACGAUACUAUCAUGUAGUUUUUGGGAAACAGAAAAUAUUAAUAUGGUAGCAAAUAUUUUGUCUGCAAUUUUGUUAAUCAGAAUAGAAAAAGAAAAUAAGCUACGAGAAAAAUAUUCAGAAUAUUUAGAAUUAUUUCAAACAACUAUUUUUCGUUUGAUUUUAAUUGCUAAAAGAACAACGGAUUUAGAAGUAUUAUAUAAUUUUAUAAAUUUAUUUAAUAUCCUUUUACUUAAAAAGUCAUAUUUUUCACUUCAAAAUUUAGAUCAACUUUUUGUUAUAAUAGUUAAAUCUUUAUCACCUUUUUCUCUUCUUAAAACGUCUUCAGAUAUUACUAUUGAUGAUAUUUGUGAAGGUUUUUGCAAAAUGAUAUCUUUAAUAAUAAAAAAAAAUUAUAAAAGAUUGUCUAAACGUUAUCAUUUACUUACUAUUUGUUUUCAAUCAUUAUUACAUUUAUUUUUCUAUAAGAAUAUGGAUACUAAAAUGAUUAAAAAUAGUAUUUUUCAAAGAAGACCUAGUUGGAUUUUACCCUCUUCAUCAUGUUCUAUAUCUUCUGUUAAAAUCUAUUCAGAUACUUUAUUAUCUUGGAUUAAAACUUUACAUUUAAAUAAAGAUAAGAAAUUAAAUUUAGGUUUAUCUAAAACAUCUGAAAAAACUAUUUCAAAAUAUCUUUUAUGGAUUAUAAUUGAAUAUAUUAAAUUAUUAUUAUACUGUUCUAUAAAUAAAGAGGUUAAGGAUAUCCUUACAUUGUUAAUAAUGGAAAUUUUUAAAGUACUCUCUAAAUAUGAAUUUGAAAUGAUAAAUAAUACAUUAGAUAAUCAUGGUAAGAUUAUCUUUAAAAAACUAUAUGAUGAUUAUAUACAGUAUGAUAAAUGGAAUGAAAGAUAG